AUGUCAGCUGUUUUAGCUGGCCCGCCGGGGGAAUGCUGCAGGCAGACAGUGCACCACGUCGGCGAGGCCCGAGGAAAAGUCGAGAUUGUGGCUGGAGUCGAGACAUACAUUGCCCGGCCGGCCGAUGGGAGCAACAAGAAGAUUGUCUUGUUCUUUGCGGACGUAUACAGUCCCCUGUAUCUCAACUCUCAGCUCAUCAUGGACUUCUGGGCUGACCAAGGUUAUCUGGUCGCUGGCCUGGACUACUUUGAGCGCGAUUCGAUGAUCCUUCACUCCGGUGAAGAAGGAUUUGAUUUCAUGAAAUGGGUGAAGCCGAAGCAAGAUCGUGCGCAGGCGCUCAUUGGACCCUGGGUUGAAGCGGUUCGCAAGGACUUCGGAUAUUGCUUUGGAGCGCCGUACGUCAUGGAGCACCUUGCACAGGAUUGGCUCGUGGCAGGCGCGUUUGCCCACCCGGCGUUCUUGAACGAGGACCACUUCCGAAACAUUCGGAAGCCGCUGCUUAUGUCUUGCGCCGAAAUCGACCACACAUUCGGUCUCGAAGCGCGGCGCAAGGCCGAAGACAUUCUGGUCGAGACCAGGGCAACGUACUUCAUCCAGGUCUUCGGAUCGGUUCAGCACGGUUUCGCGCUGCGCGGCGAUCCGAAAAUUCCGGUCCAGAGAUGGGCGAAGGAGGAGAGCGCGCGGUCCAUUGUCAAUUGGUUUGAGCACUUCUGCAGGUGA